AUGGCACAGGGAAAAGAUGAGUCUCUUCGCAAGUUCGUCGAGAGAUUCAAAACAGCAGCAGCAGAGCACUCAGACAUCCCUGACGCGAUAGGAAUCAAAGCUUUCGAAAACGGGCUUUGGUUCGAAUCAAAGUUGAAAGAGAGUCUGAUGCUCGACGAACCCGCAACCCUCCAGGACGCUUUGCACAGGUCCCAAAAAUACGUCUGCGUUGAAGAAAGCAAGGCGCACCACUCAAAGAUUCAUGGAAUGACGAAGGAGUCAUCUCGGCACGCAUCAUCUCGUCAAGAGUCUCAUCAAGAGUCAUCUCGUCAAGAGAAAAAAGGAGGCCUCUAA